CCGGCGGGGCGGAGCCGACCGCGGGCCGGGAGCGCGGCGGCGGCGGCAGCAUGGGUCCUCGCCCGCGGCUUCCCUGAGCCUCGCUGGCCUAGGCUGCCCGCGGCGCCCGCAGCGGCGGCGGCAUGAAAGGGGCCCUGGGGAGCCCGGUGGCCGCCGCGGGCGCCGCGAUGCAGGAGACGUUCGGCUGCGUCGUGGCCAACCGCUUCCACCAGCUGCUGGACGACGAGUCGGACCCGUUCGACAUCCUGCGCGAGGCCGAGCACCGGCGCCAGCAGCAGCUGCAGCUGCAGCGCAAGCGGCGCGACGAGGCGGCGGCAGCCAGCGGGGUCGGGCACCGCGGCGGCCGGAGCACGGCUGUGGUCUCAGGACACAGACCCGGCGCGGCCGGCCGCAGGGAGUCGCAGAAAGAGCGCAAAAGCCUCGCGGCAGCGAGCGCACAGGAGCCGGACAACCCUGGGGGCCCGCAGCCGUCAGGCCAGAAGCGGACUCCCAGAAGAGGGGAGCAGCAAGGAUGGAAUGACAACCGGGGGACAGACGCGCUUGAUAGAGCAGAGCGAAGGCCCUACAGGGAAUAUCGACUCUAUGACACUGAGAGACAGGCAGACUUGGCAGCGGAGAAGUUUACAGAUGAAAAACCAGUUGACAGGUUUGACCGAGACAGGCCACUGAGAGGACGUGGAGGCCCCAGAGGAGGCCUGAGGAGCAGAGGCCGAGGUGGACCCGGGAACAGAGCUUUUGACUCCUUUGACCAAAGAGGGAAGCGAGACUUUGAGAGAUACAGCAGCAAUGAUAAAGCAGCAAACAGAAUGGAGGACAGCAUGGGUGUCUGCGGUGUGCGCUCCUGGGGAUCAGGUAAAGACACUAGUGACACGGAGCCAGCUGCACCCAUGGACGAGAUCUCAGCGAUGGAGGAGUCCCAAGGCACCCUGGAUGAGGAGUCUCCCGCCAAAGUUCCUGAGUUGGAGGUAGAAGAGGAAAAUCAAGUCCAAGAGAUGACCUUGGAUGAGUGGAAAAACCUUCAAGAGCAAACCAGACCAAAGCCUGAGUUCAACAUCCGCAAGCCAGAGUCCACAGUUCCUUCCAAGGCAGUGGUGAUUCACAAGUCCAAAUACAGAGACGAUAUGGUGAAGGAUGACUAUGAGGAUGAGUCCCAUGUCUUCCGGAAAGCUGCCAAUGACAUCACAUCCCAGCUGGAGAUUAACUUUGGUAACCUCUCUCGGCCCGGACGGGGAGCCAGAGGCAAUGCCCGAGGAGGCCGAGGAAGGAUCAGAAGAACAGAGAACUAUGUCCCCAGAGCAGAAGUGGUGACCCAAGAUGUCGCUCCCAACCCGGAUGACCCUGAGGACUUCCCGGCCCUGGCCUAACAGCCAUUCCCCGUCAGCAGAGCAGCACUAUGAAGAGACUUUCCUUGCCGCGAGAAGAGUCAGACUCUAAGAACAAUAGAUGUUGCUUUUCCCGUGUCGUGUGAACUGGCUGCACUUUCUUGCUCUGUGGGAUGUGAAGUGCAGGUCCCAUGAGGUCAGGCACUUCCCACAGAUGAACGAUGGAGACCUUAGUAAGGAAUAAUGUUUCAAAUGUAUACAUAGAUUCUAACAGUUCUGCCACCGAAGUCCAGUGUAAAGUAAUCAGACGGCAGAGCCGCUGGGCAUGGUGGCGCACGCCUUUAAAUUCAGCACUUGGAGGACAGAUUUGUCUACAGAGUGAAUUGUGAAAUCCAAGAAAAUAAAAAUAAAAAAGAACCACCUAUUGAGAUGACUUAGGGAGUUGUCUAGACAAGCCCUCCAGCAUUUCAGGAGCUGCCCAUUUAAAGCAGCCAUAGCCUGGUUUUCACACCAUUGUCCAUCACGCACCAGUAACAACCACUCGGUGAGGCAGAGGAAGUACUAGCUUUCAGUGGUGAUUUAAACUACCUCGUGGUAUAUGUCUGUGCACACUUAGUGUUCAGAUGGUUGUUAGGUGUAUGAUUUAAAACUGUGUUAUUUAAGUCACUAAUCAAAUGAAAAGCUUCCUGGUAAAUGUAUAGUUUUUCUUUCUUAAAACUAUUGUCACCUGGCAGUGGUGGCACACACCUUUAAUCCCAGCAUUCAGAGCAGAGUUCAAGGCCAGCCUGGUCUAUAGAGCAAGUUUCAGGACAGUCAGAGCUACAUAGUGAGUAAGACUCUGUCUCUAAAACAGACAAAACAAAACAAUAGUGUCAGAAUUCAGCGCUGUUACUACGGACUUAUAACUCAGUCCCACUUACCAACUGUGAACACCGUGGCAGGCUCCUCCUCUGGGCCACCCUCUAGUUCCUGUGUUGUUCUUCCCACCUCUGGUGGAGUUUAGGAAUCACUUCAUGGGUCAGUCACUCACCUGGAAGCCCACUAGGCAAAGCCACCCAGCCACUGGUAAAAUCGGAAGAUUCCUCAUGUGGGGGAGGGCCGAGCCAAGGUAUCACAGCUGUGGAGAUGUGCUUAUGGUGGAGCCUCGCCUCCAAGACCCGUGUCCUUCCCACUUGGUCAUAGUCUGAGAUGGUGCUGAACUGGACCCAGGUGUGAGGGUCGGCGUUCCCUCUGAACUCUCUUGGGGUUUGGUUGAAUCAAAGUUGAACCUCUAGAUACGUUACUACCAAGGAUGUUCGCUUCGGGUGUCCUCCUGCUUCUGAUCCCAUGUUUAUUAAAUGAAUGAGUA